CGUAUUUCAUUUUAUUCUUAACGUAAAAAAUGAAAGUUACAGUCGUCUUUGGUUUGUUAGUGAUUUUAACCUGUAACCCUGAUGAAUGUAUGGGAGAAUAUGACGAUUUAUCUAACAACUUAGAAGGUUACACAUUUAAUCCAGAAAUUGGAAACUGUUACCAGAUAUACGACCAAUCAGAAAAUGUGACAUCUUUAAUUUGUCAGGAACCUUUAAAUCCCGAAAGAUACUCCUGUGUUGAAUUAAUAAUAAUAGAAGAAAAAUAUUGUUUGGGAUUAAAAACGCCAACGAAUGAAACGAUUCAAUUACUUUGCGAUAAUUUGGUGGAAGACCUUGCUUCUCAACACAUAUCCGACGAAUUAAAUACUUGUUUCAAUAUUUCACGUCCUGAUGACAGCUACAAAGAAGUGUGUCAGCAUAAAUUUGAUGACUACAGUGUAGGUAUAACAACACCAGAUAAUUUCACAAUAUUAUUUUAUUCAGAAUUUUGCACGGCUUCAAUAAGCAAAGAUGAUAGAGAAUUAUAUGAUGAGUUUGUAAACACAUUUACACUUGACCCAGAAACAAUAAUCUGUUACAAAAUAUACAACCGACAUCAGAACAUAAGUCCUUACACAUGCUUAAGUGAGGAUGUGUUCAUUUCUUGUAUAGAAGACCUUCCUCGUGUCGAAAAUUGCGAAGGCAUCAUUACCCAGAAUAAUGAAACAAUCGUCUUAGAUUGUACGGAUAGUAGAGAAACUUUACAAAAUCGCAGUUGUUUUGAAAUAUAUACUGAUGACAAUGAUCUUCAAAUAGUAUGUCAAGAAAGAGUGGAAGAACGAUGUAUUGGAAUUAGAACUCCAAGUAAUUUAACGGUGCUACUGGACUGUUAUUUCUGUAGUGAGCCAGGUAUGACAUAUGAAUAUGAAGAGGAAGAGGAAGAUGUAAUAGAAUAUGAACAGUUUAUUACAUCCUACUUAUCUAACGAAUAUUCAGGAAAAAAUUCGUAUCUAAACAAAUUCGAAUUUAAGAUAUUGAAACAAAAUAGUCCUUGGGAAAUUCCACCAUACUUAUUACAAAGAUCUAAAGUAUAUGGUUAUUGGUUACCAAACACUACUUGUUACGGUGUCACCUUGCCGAGUAACGAAACUGUUAUUUUGGAGUGUAUGCCGAGCGACAAACCUAGUCACCUUAACCAUGGCUGUUUUGUAGUGACUAACAUGCAAUUAAAAAUAAAAGAGGAACAUAUUGUUUGCAUUAAAGUUAUCGACCAGGCAUGUGUUGGGAUUACAACUCCUAUGAACUGGUCUGUAGAGUUCGAUUGUUAUUCUGAAGACAAUGACGAUGAUGAUGAUUGGCGCAAAAACUUCAAUAACUAUAAAUUUUACCCAAAAAUUGGAAACUGUUACGAAAUAUAUGAUCAACAUGAACAUGUGACACCGUUUAUUUGUCAAAGACCUGCAAAUCCUGCAAAUCAUUCGUGUAUAGAUGCAACAACAGAAGAAGAAUAUUGUCUAGUGUUAAGAACACCAACAAAUGAAACGGUUCAAUUACUCUGCCCAAAUUCAGAGGAACAAUUUCCUUUUUAUCUCUAUAAUAAUGAACUAAAUACUUGUUUUAAUGUUUCACGACCCGAUAAGAGCUACAAAGAAGUGUGUCAACAGAAAUUUGAUAACUAUAGUAUUGGUAUAACGACACCAGAUAAUUUCACCAUAUUAUUUGAUUCAUAUUUUUGUCCGACUUCAAUGUCUGACAUAGAAAGGGAAAGAUAUAGUCACUUCAUAGACACAUUUUCAUUCGAUCCAGAAACAAAAAGGUGUUACAAAAUAUAUGAAGAACAUGAAAACAUAAGCCCUUUCACGUGUUUAAGCGAGGAGGUGUAUAGUUCUUGUGUACAUAAACUUCCUCAUGUUAAAAAUUGUGAAGGAAUAGUCACUCAGAACAAUGAAACUGUGGUGCUACAUUGUAGGGAUGACAGAGAAACUGUACAAAAUCGCAGUUGUUUCGAAAUAUAUACUGAAAACAACAAACUUCACAUAGCAUGUCAGAAAAGAGUGGAAGAACGAUGCAUUGGAAUCACCACUCCGAGCAACUUAACUGUACUGCUUGAUUGUUAUUUCUGCAUCAAGUCAGGUAUUGGGUAUAUACCUGAAGAUGUGGAACAGCGACGAAGAUCCUGGAAGUUUGUUACAUCCUACCUUUCCAAUGAGACAUUGGGUAGAAACUCAUACAUAGGCAAACUUAAUUUUAAAGCAUCUCAAAAGAUUGACGCAAAUUUUGUCGAAUAUUCCAAAAAGAUACCUAUGGUUUAUAGUUACUGGUUACCAAAUAGCGAUUGUUAUGGAAUUACGUUGGAUAGUAACGAAACAAUUAUUCUGGAAUGCAUUUCUAAGGAAAGACUGAAAUACGUGAAAUCUGGAUGUUUCCCAGUAAUUAAUCCAAAAGUGGAACAAGAGCAAAUCGUUUGCUCUAAGAUUCUGGAUGCAGCCUGUGUUGGAAUUACUUCUCCCAUGAAUUGGACUGUAGCACUAGCUUGCUACUCUGAAUAUUACAAAAAUACACCAGAUAUAAUUAAAGAAUCCUACUCUAAAAGUACUGUGGGUACUUACUUAAUAUCUUUAUAUGUGAACGACUGUUAUGAAAUCUAUCCCUCUCAAGAAAUAGACGCUUAUACUUGCAUGAAAAGUGCGAAUGCCAAAUAUUAUUCCUGUGUUUACUGGCUACCUGGUGAACGACGAUGCUUGGGCCUAAAAACUCCCGCCAAUGAAACAAUUGAACUUAUCUGUGAAGAUUCUUCCGAUAACGAAAAUUCUUUUGUUGCCAAUAGACUUUCUACACGCAAAAACUGUUUUAAUCUUUACAAACCCAAUAACCACACAGAAGAAGUUUGCUUGCGGAAAUUUGACAACUUCAGCAUAGGUUUGACUACUCGGAGCAAUUAUUCUAUACUAUACGAUUCGUUCUUUUGUCGUACUUUUAAAACUCCAAAAGAUAUUCAAGAAUACAAAGAAUUUAUUAACGGCUUUGUUUUUGACCCUAGCAUUCGAAGUUGUUAUAAAGUUUAUAGUCCCGACCAAGAUAUCAGUCCAUAUACAUGUUUAAGUAACGAGAUACAUGACUCUUGCAUCCAUCUAAUAGAAAACAGAAGCAGUAUGGGAAUAACCACACAAAAUAAUGAAACUAUCAUUUUGGAACAUUUGAAUGGCACGAAGGCCGUGAGUGAGUCAGGGUGCUUUAAAAUAUACACCCCCGAUAACAGAAUACAUAUUUCCUGUCAAAAGCAAGUGGAGGAACGAUGUAUCGGAAUAAUUACACCUAGUAAUUUAACUGUACUACUGGAAUGCCAUACCUGCAUGUCAGCUAAAGGCGGGGAAGGUCUUCCUACAUAUUCUGAUAAGAACAGAAAAAGCUAUCGCCAAUAUGUUGAGUAUUCUCUAUAUAAGUUUACUCAAAAUAAUUAUGCCUUAGAAGACGAGGAGUACCUAAGUUCUUAUACACCUGAACAAGAUAUAAAGGUGUUUGAUUGCUAUGGUGAAAUAAGUCAUUACCGCAUUCAUAUUUUGCAUGGUCACAACAGAUGUCGUGGAAUAACUCUGGAUAAUUUAGAAACCAUCGUUAUAGGAUGUCCGUAUGGCAGACCCGAAAAAGCUGGUUGUUUUGAUGUUUUCAGCCCAGUUUAUAAUGAAGAUAAUGAAAUAAUUAAUUCUGAAAUGAAGGUCGAAAAUGUGUGUGUAAAGAUACUAAAUGAAUGGUGCGUAGGAAUAAUAACCCCACAAAAUAGGACUGUACCUCUAAGUUGCUUUUCUCCUUCUGAAGGAGUGUGUGGUGUAGUUACAGUGCCUGAUAAUGGUCCACCUCCAGUAUGAAGCUGUUUGUGAAAAUUAAGGAUAUAUGUAAUAUAGUAACUAAAAAAGUAUUCCUUUAAUCAUUAUGUGUAAAUUUAUGAUUUUAUUAAU